CUCCAGCCCCUUGCCCAGCUCCAGCCCCUCAAUGUCCACGUUGCAGUGACAGGCCCACAGCUGGACACAGCACUGGACACACCUCACAUUGGUGAGGCCUCGCCAGUGCCCACAACAGGGGGACAGUCACUGCCCUGGUCCUGCUGGCCACACCAUUGCUGACCCAGCCCAGAUGCCAUUGGCCUUCUUGCCCACCUGGGCACGCACUAUGGACCAGCAGGGCCAGGCCCUUUCCUGCUGGCUCUUCCCAGCCACUCUUCCCCAGCCUGGAGCUGCUGGGAGUUGUGACCCAGGGGCAGUAGCCCCAGCACUUGGCCUUGUUGUACCUCAAAGAUAUGAAAUAGGACUGGCCCUGACAGUGGGCCCUGGGUACAGCCCCGGUGACCUGCUGCCAGCUGGAUUAAUUCCACCACCACUCCCUGGGCCUGGCCAUCUGGGCAGUGUUUUCCCAGCAAAUGGGGAACCUGUUAAAUCCAUGGGCUGCAAGGACAAUGCUCUCCAGGAGAACGCUGUGGGAGCAGAAAUCAAAGGCUUUACUGAAGGUCCAGGUACACAACGUCCACAGCCUUUCCCCAUCCAUUAGGUGUUCACAGAAGGAGGUUGGGUCAGUGAAACAGGACCUGCUUAAACCCAUGCUGGCUGGGCCUGAUGCCCUAAUGCUGCAGCACACAUUGUGUGAUUGCACUCCAGGUAAUCUGUUCCAUACCCUUCCCUGGCACCAAGGCCAGGCUGCCAGGCCUGUGGUUCCCCCCCUUGUCCUUCCAAGCCUUCUCACAGAUGGGUGUCACCUUGGCCAACCUCCCAUCACCCAAGAGCUCUCCAGUUAACCAGUCCUGGUUAAAUGCUGAUAAAUGAUGGAGAGAGGAGCUUUGUGAGCUGCUUCACCAUUUCCAUCCAUAGCCUUAGGAGGAAGGAUGACAUCUCCCUAGACUUGUGCAUGUCAGGGCAGCACAGCAUGCUCACUAACAACUCACUAACAGCUUCUUCCUGCAGUGUGGGGACUUUUUUCUGCUCCCUGUUUCUUCUGUCUUCCAGCUCAGGGGGCUGGAUAUGCCAAGGGUAACUUGGCUUUUGGUUAAAGGCUGAGAUAAAGAAGGCAUUGAGUACCUGAGCCUUUUCCUCAUCCCUGGAGGUCAUGUUCCCACCCCAGCAUGAAAUAAAGGAUGGAGAAUCUCCUUAGCCUCUUUUUGUUAUUAAUGCAUUUGGAAAAGUAUUUUUUGGAACUUUUUCGCUGGUGGCCAUAUUGACUAGCUGGACUUCUACCUUUCUUGUUUUCUCUCUGAUUAACUCCAUGACAUCCUUGUAGGCUUCCUGAGUUGCCGGACCCUUCUUCCAGAGCUCUCAGUUCUUCCCUGAGUCCCAGCAGAAAAAGCCUGCUGUUCAUCCAGGCCAGCCUACCCUGAACCUGCUCACAGCACGUUGGAAUGGGCUCCUGCUCCACCUGUAUGACCUCCUUCUGGAGGCAUGUCCAGCCUUCCCGGGCUCCUUGGCCACUCAGGACUGCCUCCCAAGGGAUUCUCUCAACCAGUGGUCAGAACAGACCAAAGCCUGUCCUCCACAAGUCAAAGGCAGUGGUUUUGCUGCCCCCCUCCCUCCCUUCAUUGAGAACUGAAAUGGAAUCAUGUCACAGUCACUGUAUCCGAGGUGGCCUUUGGCAGCCCCAUCUCCCACCAGUGCUCCUCUGUUUGCAAACAGCAGAUGCCCUGGGGAGGGCUUGCCUACCAGCUGCGUUAGGAAGAUCUCUUCCACAUGCUCCAGGAACCUCCUGGACUUCUGGUCUCCUGUCUGUUGGGUGGGAUUCCAGCAGACACCUGCACUGGUGAGACACAGCUGGAGGGCCGAUUCUGGAAUCCCAGGAUGAGGGAGGUGUGUCCAUACCGGAGCAAGGCCAGCAAAGGGCCACUGAGGUGAGAAGGGGACUGCAGCGCACGGUGCACGAGGAGAGGCUGGGAGAGCUCUGCUGGCUUUUCUUGGACUAGAGCAGGCUGGGCUGUGUGGUCAGGGUGUGCAAACACCUGACUGAAGGUGGGUGGGUAAAGGACACAAGCGACUCUGUUCAAUGCAGCAAUGGCAGGAAACCCAAUGGGCACAAAUUGAACCGUGGCAAGUUAGAAUGAAAGGAAUGGUGGUGAAACACUGGAUCUGGUAGCCCAGAGCGGUUGUGGUGGAGUCCCUGUGCUGGUACAAGAGUUGUCCUGAGUCUGUCCAUGGUGCUGCUGUACAUGGAGGGAUUUGGGGAGAGGAGAGGGGUCUGGGAUGCUACAGAGCAAAAUUUGUUUCAGGCAGCUGAGGAGGAACUGUGGUAAACUGUGGAACUCUAAAUUUUGUGGCUGUACUGAUAAAGGAGGGAUUUAUGACUGUACCAGUGUGUCUCAUGCAAGGGAAGGUCUGCCACCCUUGAUCACAGGGACAAGGGGGAACUGUCAUAGAAUGAGGGACACCUGAAUGUGGCAGUCCUUCAAUGAGGUCCCUGGCAUAUGAGGGGGUAUUCCCUAGUGAACGAGUAAAGUAUUAGGUAAGAGAGUGUAUUUCCAAGGGGGUGUUCUGUACUUAGGGCUCAGGGUGGGAGCAGGCAGCUCUAUGGAAGGAUCAGCUCAGUUAUUGUGGGAGCCCCAGGGGCAGGAUGAGUGCUGGGAAUUCUUAGCAAUGGAGGAAAAAAAACCCGAUCCAUUUACCUACCACUCUAAAGCUUAAAGGAUAGUAACAGUGAGGUUUCAAUUUCCUCCUUUUUACUUAAAUUACUUUUUAACUAACUGGUUUGUUCACAAUGCAUCUGUGUGACCUUUGCAUCAGCUACUGACUAGAUAAAUGGCGUUGCAUCACCCUCUUCUAUUUUAACCUUGUGUUUCUACUGCAUGUACUCACUGUUCCUUUUCAGAAGAAGGGGUUGCCAAACCAUAGAGUUGCCGGCAUCCUCACAGACUUUAAUUUCUUAAACGUUUUUUCAGCUGGACAGGGCAUCUUGAAAAAGAUGGGAGAGGUGAGUUUUCUGCAUUCUCUUCAGCACUGGCACUGUUCUGCCAAAUCUGUCCCCCUUUGCCUUCAACAGCUUAAGAAAUUAUUACAGGGUUAACCCCGCUGUGAUGUGGAGGGUGUGGAUUGUAAAGGGUUUGUAAAAAGCAAGGUGAGCUGGGUUUUGCUGCCUGCAUCACUGGCAGCACACGCUGGCAUUUCUGUGCAGGAGGAGAAAACCUUCUGGGGAUCCAGAGCUGAUCACUUGCAUAUCGACUGCCUCUCCUCUGUCCCCCAGUACCUGGUGCAGAGUGGUGGCUCCGUGUUCUGACAUUUGGAUGCCUCCCAGUGUGGCUGGGAAGUCGUUUUUAGCCACAGGGGAGCUCCGUGUGUAACCCAGACACAGUGAUCAAGCGGCAGUGACAAAUGGGACUGUGCCAGCUGAGUCCUCUGUCACGUUCUCUGCAACUUUGCUUACAGCUGCUGCAUUAAAGCUUCUCCUGUUUCCUGAACCUUUCUGUCCUGGAGCGUGGGGCUUUGGAGAUGGAUCCCAUGGAGGGAGGAGAAAUGAUGGUAUCCUUAGGAAGGAAGAGAUCUUUGAGAUGCUUAAGUUCAACCCCAAAGCCCACUCUGCCAAGUCCACUACUAAACCAAGUUCCACACCUUGGAACUUGUAAGUGCCACGCCUACGCAUCUGUUAAAUACCUCCAAGGGCCAGUGGCUCCAGCGCUUUCUUGGGUAGCCUGUGCUGGCACCUGAUAACUCUUCCAGGGAACAAAAUUCUGAGUAAUGUCCAUUCUAACCUGCCUUGGCAAAACUUGAGAGCAUUUCCUCUGGUCCUAAAAGCCACAGCCUUCCUCACUCUUCUUCACGUGCUCUUGCCUGUUGACCUCUGGAGCCUGGUGGUGGGCACAGGAGGUGCUGCUUCUGCUGCCCUUCACUUUACGGAGCGGCACGGGCAGCAAUGCUGAUGCUAACGCUGAGGAUGGAGCUAGACUGACUUAUCUAUUUGUUGCUGCCCUGUUAAUAAUCUCUUCCACUCCAUCCCUCCCUUUUGGCAGAAGGGAAGGAGUAAGGGCAGGAGUGUGGAAGGAUUGCCUAUCCACCAGCAGGAUGCACUGGGAGAGCUGAGCAGGUCAGAGCCAGCGUGACCUGUGCAAGGUUGGGUAGCAGCCUAGGAAGUCCCUUUACAAAGGUAGUUCUUGACCUUAUUGUCUGCAUCUGCCUCCAGAGCAAUGCCCUGUAUCCAUUCCUUUCCCACCCUCCGUCCAUCCUGCCUGGCUACGGUGCCAUGAUCAAUGGGCUGAGCCCCACUGCAGGGACAGGUGGCUGGUUUGGAAAUGCCUUUCCAAACUGACAGGUCAACAGCCUGGAAGACUGAGGCUUGUGUUUGGUUUGGGGGAAGGACACGUUGUGUAUCAGGAGAAAACAACUCCCCUCAUAACAACCAGCUCUCACUGGGCAGCAGCUCCACACAGUGUCUAUUGACAGGGCUUCAGGAAUGGUCAUAAGGAACGUUCCUAUUUCCUCCUGCCAGGGACUUUGUGUACAAGUCUCAUGUCUCGUGGUCACAGUGACCUGAAGUACUAGAGGGUGACACAUGAGGUUUCUGAUAGUAUUCCCAGAGUUUGUUGUGCACUGCUAUGAAGGUGGAACACACCUGUGAAGGAAGCUCAUACUCUGCUGCCUCGUCUGUCAGGUUUCUUUUCUUCUUUCCUUCCCUCCAGAUCAUGAUGGCUGUCUCAGGAGAGCAAGCUAUGGCUGGAGAGAGAAUGCUCAGGAUGCCCAGCUGCCUCCUAAAGCCCACCAGGGUCAUGCUGAGCCACAAGCCCUGGGCCCUGUUUAUCCUCAUCUUUGUGUUUGUAUCCUUUGCCUACCACAAGUUGUACUGGGGCAUCUGGGAGGACCCAAAGAGCAGAGGCCCCCCCUACGGCUUGUCUGCUGAAAUCAGCUGUGCUCACUAUGUGCCUUCUUCCCUCAACAUUGCUGGUGGGCCCUCUCCUUCUACAGGAAGUGUGUUUUUUGUGGAGACCUCAGAGCAAACUACCCCAAGUUACCUCUUCUCAUGCUCUGUGGAGUCAGCAGCCAGGGCACACCCCACAUCAAGAGUUGUGGUGCUCAUGAAAGGCUUGGCCAAAGAGAAUGCCUCCUUACCCAAGCACUGGGCUUUCUCCUUGAUGAGCUGCUUCCCCAACGUGGAAAUCCAGCCCCUGGACUUGACAGACCUCUUUUCUGGAACACCACUGGCACAAUGGUACUUGCAGCCUCAGAGACAGCAGGAGCCUCAUUUUUUACAUGUCCUUUCUGAUGCCUGCAGGAUUGUCCUCAUGUGGAAAUUUGGUGGCAUCUACCUGGAUACAGAUUUCAUUGUGCUUAAGGACUUACAGAACCUCACCGAUGCACUCGGGAUUCAGGAUGACGAUGAACUGAAUGGGGCCUUCCUGUCCUUUAAGCCCAAACACAAGUUCAUGGAGCUUUGCAUGGAGGACUUUGUGCAGAAUUACAAUGGCUGGGUCUGGGGCCACCAGGGCCCAGAGCUCCUAACUCGUGUCUUCAAGAAGUGGUGCUCCAUCCAGACUAUCAAGAGCAUGAGCUGCAAAGGUGUGAGUGCUCUUGCCCCAGAAGUUGUUUAUCCCAUUCCUUGGCAGGACUGGAAGAAAUUGUUUGAGCCAGUCAGUGCCUUGGAGCUUCGCAAACUCCUGAAGAACACCUAUGCAGUGCUCGUAUGGAACAAACUGAGCCAUGGCACCAAGUUAGAGAUCCCCUCCCAGGCUCUGCUGGCUCAGCUCUAUUCCCAGUUCUGCCCUGCCACCUACACAAAGAUGAAACAGGACUCUGAAGAGUUAUCAAGGCAUGCAGUGUGACCUGAGGGCCCUUGGCUGCAGAGAUGUUCACCAGACUGAAGGAAACCGAGUGCCUUUGACAUUCUCCAGAGUUGGUUUCUAGAUCCCAGAGCAGGUGUUCUGUGUGACAGCUCUGUGGUUUUGUACCAUUUCUGAUCUCUGCCUCCGAUCCUUUGAGUUUCAAAUUUACAGCAGAACCUGAGUUCAGCCUCUCUUCUGCUGUCCCUCAGGAGACCUCUUGCUGCAAGGGAGGUUGAACUUGUUCUUCAGCAUCCCUCAGCUGGUCCUCUCUUGGUUUUCUCCAAUGGCUCCUCCUGUGGAUCCCGGCCUGAGCAGCCCCUUGUGAUGUUUCAGGAGCUGUAAGGACCCUUGGCUUGCUCUUUGUGGCAUUUUUAAUUUUCACAGAAUAUUCUGUGUUGGAAGGGACCCACAACCAUCCUAGACCUCACCCCUGGCCCUGCUAGGGGGUAAGACACUCCAACGAUCAUGAUCUGCACGAGAUUGUUAUCCUUGGGGCCAUGACUAAUCUGUGGGGAGCCUGUUCAGUUCCCCACCACCCAUCUGGGGGAGGAACUUUUUCCUGAUAUCCACCCUAUCUCUCCCUUGACCCAGCUCCUUCCAUUCCUUCAGGUCCUGUCCCUGGUCACACAGAGCAGUGAUCAGGGCCUGUCCCUCCUCUUCCCCUCGUGAGGAAGCUGCAGAACUGCAGUGAGGUCUGACCUCAGUCUGCUCUUCCCCAGAUGAACAGACCAAGUGCCCUCAGCUGCUCCUCCUGUGUGGCUUCACCUCCAGACCUUUUACCACCUCUGUAACCCUAAUUUCAAUGCUCUCUAACAGCUUCAGAUUAUUCUUGUAGUGCAGCACCUAAAACAACACACAAUAUUCAAGGUGAGGCCGUCCCUGCCCCGAGUAGAGCGGGACAAUCCCCUUGCUGGCCUGGUUGGUGAUGCAGGCCUGGUGCCCUCAGGAUAGGCAUGACCCACCUGGCUGCCAGGACACUGGCUCAUGUCCAGCUGGCCAUCGACCAGGACAGGACCCCAGGUCUCUUUACACAGCACUGCUCUCCAACCUCAUUCCCCAGCCUGUCUGUACAUCCAGGGCUGUCCCAUCCCAGGUGCAGAAUCCAGCCCUUGUCUUUGUUAAACUUUGCACAGUUGGUGAUUGCCCAGCCCUGUCAUUGAUACAGGGCUCUCUGCAGGGCCUCUUCACACUUAAGGCAGACAACAGCUCCUCUCCUUUUGUAUCAUCAGCAAGCUUACUUAGUAUGGCACCCUGUGGAGCCCCACAAACUACAGGCUACCAGUCUACUGUCACCCUAGUUACUGUAAUUCUUUGUGCUUGACCCUUGCCCAUCACACAAUGUGUUUAUCCAGCUGUGGGCUGCACACUGAGAUAGAUGAUGUCCAAAGCCUUACUGAAAUCCAAAAAGAUUACAUCUACUAAUGUUUUUUGAUCAACUGGGUUACCUUAGCAUAAAAGGAAAUUAGUUUCGAUAAGCAGGACUUUGCUGUCAUGAAGAUGUGCUGGCUGUGACCAAUGAUUGUGUUGUCCUUCAGGUUUCUCAAUACAUCCCAGAAUAAUCAUCAUCAUCUCCAUAAUUUUACCAGGCACUGGAGUGAGACUGACAGGCCUGUAGCUUCCAGGGUCAUCCUUCUUGCCCACUUUGAAAACUGGGACCUCUCCAGAUUCCCCAAACUGUUCAAAAAUUAUCAAGAGAUGCCUCGUGAUGGUAUCAGCCAGCUCUUUAUGUAUUCUCACAUUAAUCCCAUCACACACCAUAGAUUUACAGGCAUCCAGCUAGAGCAGUAGAUCCCUCACACCUUCAGGGCUAACUCAAUUAUUCUCACAGUCACAGUCCUGUAGCUCAGGGUGCUGGGACCUCCUUAGUUCAUCAUCAGUGUUGAAGACAGAUGCAAAGAAAGCAUUAAACAUGUCUACCUUGUCCAUAGCCCUGUUUGUGAAGUGACCAUCCUCAUCCUGUAAUGGGCUGAUAUCAUUUCAGCACUGCCUUUUGCCAUUAAUGUAUUUUUAAAACCCUCUUUUUAUUAUGCCCCACAUUCCUAGUGGCUUCAAUUGCAAUGGAGCUUUGGCCACACAAAUUCUCCCCCUACAGUGGUGAGCAGCAUCUCUGUAUUACUUCCACAUCACCUGACCUUGCUUUCACUGGGCAUACACCUUACCUUUUUUACCUUAGCUACAAAAGAAGAUCCCUCUUCAGCCAAAGUGGCAUUCUGCCUCAUCUUCUUGAUUUCUGAUUUUAAGGAAUUGCUUGUUCCUGUGCCCUCAGGAGCUGAUGCUUAAAAAGUGACCAGCACUGAUGGACCCCAGGACCUUCAAAAGCAUUUUCCCAGGGGACUUUACUUACUGGUUCCCUGAGUGGCCUGAAGUCUGAUCUUUUCACGUCCAGGGUUGCACCAGAGAUUUUAAACUUGAUGGCUUCAUGGUCACAGUGGCAAGACAACCACCAAUCUCCACUCAAGAGGAUAACAAGAUCCUCUCUGUUGAUAAGCAAAAAAUCCAGGAGGGCUCUUAGUACCUGUAUCAUGAACUUGUCAUCCAGGUGUUACAGGAAUACAUAGGGAAUAUAUGAAAAUUGUGUUAAGUAACAGAAAAUAUUUUAAGGCCCACUGUGGAUCUAAUGACCAUCUCCCCACCUAAAUGUGUUCCCUGUGUGUCCAGGUCAUUGUAUUGUAAUAAUGCAUUUGAAAUUAACCUCUUAUGAAACGAGAAAAGGAGACUAAAACAUCCUGGAGUUCUGCUUGUGCCAAAUCAGGCUUCUGUCUGGAAGGUAAAGUGUAAGCAAUGUGUGUUUAUUGCUCUUUUAGAUGUGCAGUGACUAACAAAUAUGAGAAAUAUGUAUAUAAACUUUAAUACCUUUUUCCUAAAUGUUAUAAUUUGCUGAAAAAUACGUGCACAAGAGAAGACUGAUGUAAUUUAGAUGUAGAUUUAAUGUGAACUGGAGUAUGUUUCAUGGUUUCUCAGUGUCACAGCACACUACUGAUUAAACAUUCCAUUGCAGACCAAAA